AUGGCCCCCCUGCUUUGGUUGCUGGGCUACCUCGUACUCACCACACUCACCAUCACCUCAGCUGCGCCGACAUCCAACACCACAGCCCUUGCCCACCACGCCGAGGACCUACAAGCACAAGACUCUGUCAAUCAUGGUGAAACCUCCACUUCACGAACCGCCUUUACAGCCCUGUGUUUGAGCAGUGUAUCCACGCUGACGUGUUUGGCUGGUAACAUGUCAGACAAACUCCACUGCUUGCUGCCGUUGACAGGACAAGGGAAUCGCGUGCAGAGUAUGGGCAUACAGCAGCUCAAAUCCCCAAACUUUUCCCAAGUACUCGUCCUACUCCUGUUCGCUUUCUCCACGUCCUUUGUCGUCUCGGCUGCUAUCGUGACCAUAGGGCUUGAUCUUGCGACCGCAAGCACCUGCCGUAUAGCUGUACAUUUUUGCCUAGCUUUCUACGUAGGUAGCAAAGUCAUCAUAUAUGUCUUCCUGGUAGAAAGAGCCCAUGCCAUUCGCGCCCCUUUCAGGCAAAGACACUUCGACAAAUUGUGGCUCUUCAGCAUGCUGGCCAUCGGACUCGGCUUCGGAAGCACCGCCAUCACUGGUUUCAUCUGGCCAAUAGCUGAACUCGGUAGGGACAAUCAGCGAUGUCAUAUUGGCUUGAAACGCCGGGUUACGAUUGUGCUUCUCGUGGUCGAUGUUUGGCUCAAUGUCUUUCUCACGCUCAUCUUCGUCUAUCUCAUCAGUCCGUCAGUUCGGUCCAUGGACAUUUCCUUUCUUUCUUUCCCUGCCAGCCGGUUUACAAUGUGUCUGGGAAACAUGUGCCACCGGUCCAAGAACAAAGUGGACGUGGACCUUCACAGAUCCAAUCCGCGUGUUGUACACCAGAUGGAGCAUCUGCUUGUCAAGACUUUGGUAGGCUCCAUCUUCAUCAUGGUUCCUACUACAGCCAACUUGACUGCAUUGUGCAUCUUCGAGGGACGAGAAUUGGGCUGGGUCUGUCUGACCAUAUGCGUGCUGGACGUAACUUGGCAGACCUGUGUGUUCCACUGGCUCACAGAGGGCAUCAGCGAGGCCAGGCAAAAGGCGUCGGCAGGGUCAGUCAGGAAACCGAAGCCUCACUCGGUCCCUCUAAACUGA